UUUUUUUUUUUUUUUUUUUUUUUUUUUUUUGCGCAGCAUUACAUUACUUUCUCUCUACUGUGUAAGCGGUUGCGAGAAAGUAAAAGUGCCUUAAAUGUUUUACAUGCACCAAACAUUUUUCUGCAAUGCUUUAGGAAUGACUGCGUAUAAACUCUUAUCUAGAGCAGAGCAGAAGCUAAGACGACAAACUUUGCUCCUUGUAUAGAGUUCAUAUCUCACCACCCACUUAAGAAAAUUCCGAGUACACAGCAUAUCUGUGUGAAGUUUCACAGCCUUCUGCUGCGUGCGCACCGGGUCGAGGCCGAAACGCAUGGGAGCCGCUUCGCAUUUGGGCAGGAUUGGGGCUUUUGAAGUGCAAGUGCAAGUAGGCCGCACUCGGAUCGGAGCGUGUGCGGGCGUUCGCCUUGGGCUUCUCGUUGCUGUAGUGUCAAGCAACUGCUUUGUUUUGGAGAAAAUAGCAAUUCAACAUGGAUUUCUGCGACUUUCUCGCCAUAAUAGGUGUUUUAACAACAUUAUAUUUCAUUGUGUAUAUAACUGCUCUGUGUAUAACAGAUUGUGAUUUAGAACUGGCAUGGGCAGAAAAGUUUGGGAGGCCAAUAGAUGUAUUGGAAGGAGAUGUUGCAUGGAUAACUGGUGCAUCAAGUGGUAUCGGUGAACAUAUUGCUCUGGCAUUAGCGCAGGCUGGAGUUCGUCUUGUUCUUUCUGCUCGUCGAAAAGCAGAACUUGACAGAGUAAAACAGAAAUGUAUUGAAAUAGGACGUAAUUUGAAAGAUGAAGAUAUCUUGGUUUUGCCACUUGAUGUAACUGACUAUGACUGUCAUCAGGAAUGUUUUGAUCGAGUCAUUGAUCAUUUUGGAACUCUUGAUAUUCUAAUAAAUAAUGCAGGAAGAUCACAGAGAGCUGAUUGGGAGAAAAUUGAAUUAAGUGUUGAUAAGCAGAUGUUUGAUCUCAAUGUGUUUGGUGUAGUGGCUUUAUCACGCAUUGCUGUUCGGUAUUUCCUGGAAAAAGGUGGAGGUCAUAUUGCUGUAACAUCCAGUUUGGCUGGUGUGUUUGGAGUUCCCUUUUCUGGAACAUAUGAUGGUACCAAACAUGCAAUUCACGGUUACUUUAAUGGUCUCUUAGCUGAGAAGAUUGGAAAAAAUAUACACGUAACACUUCUGUGUCCUGGUCCAACAUUUUCCAAUUUUUUAGCUGAAAGUUUUACAGACACUGCUGGAGAAAAAUACGGUCAACCUGUUAGGCCAACUGAUCGAAGGAUGACUGGCGAGAGAUGUGGAAAACUAUGUGCUGUUGCCAUAGCUAAUCGCCAGCGAGAAGCUUGGAUGGGUCUUUUCCCUCUGAUGCCAUUGGUUUACUUAAUUUAUUUUCCAAACCUAGGCAGCAUCAUUUUACCAUACAUUGGGAGCAAACAGCUUAUGAAAUUACGGGACAGCAAAGUUAAAUAAUUGUAAAUUCAUAAAAAGGGACAACGGUAAACAUUUGAAAGUACAUACUAGAAUCUUAAAAUGUUUAGCUAUUGUUAAGACAUCAUACUGAUACGUGCCUUCACUGUUUCAACCUUUUCUUUGAAAAAGUAGAUAAAGAAAAAAAUUGAGAUAUGAUAGCAUUUUGUUGUAAAUUUUAUUCAUUCAUUUAAUCAUUAUUGCUCCAUAAUUUUGGUUUUAUUUUUAAUGUUUUAAAUAACAAGAGGAGUCUGUGAAUUUGAAUAUUUAAAUACCCCAUGUGUGCAAAUAAGACUGAAAUCUUCCAAUUCUUCACAUAUUCCUUUAAUUGUGUGCUGAUUGCAUUGCAAUUUACAAAUUUCAUUUCAGCUUGUGAAUUUUCUGUUCUUUGGUAAUGAAUAAUGAAAACAAUAUACAUAAAGUCAAAUUUUGUUUCAUUGUACUGUUAGCCACAAGCAUCAGAGCUUAUAUCUAAAAGACUUUUGCCCCCCUCCCAUUUUUCUCUUAUUUCUGCAUUCUACAGUGACAAGUCUUACAAACCUGAUAUUUACAAUGAAAACUCAUUUAUUAACUAAUAUAAUAUAGCCUAAUAUUGUUCUUUUUGUUAAGUCCGUGGCAAUGUAAUUUAUGUUGUCAAAUAUUUUACUCAUUACCUUUUUCUCUGCGCCCCCAUUAUCAUAUGCAUAUUUUUUUUAAGUUACUUUAUUACAUCAUUAUUAAUUACAUUAUGAUUGCAUAUUUCCAAGUCCUAAUAAAAUAUGAGGGAGAAAUAAUUUGGAGGCUUAUUCUCUGCAUUGUUUCUUUCAUGUGUGUUCCAAGGAUUCUGUUAUACUUCAAAGUACAGUCAACUUAGAUUUACUGAUUUUUCUAAUUUUAAAUAAUUAAAUAUAAUUAUUACUAUUAUAAUAAAAAAAAUAGAUGGAGACUAGGUAAUAAAUUGAAUCAUUAUCAUUGGAAAUACAAUAAAACUUCAACAAAUACCAGAAAUUUCAUAUUACAAGCAAAACAAAAAAAAAAAAUAAUAUUUUAAAAUGGCACUCUUCACUCUUGGACAUGCUUGCAGGAAAUGGUACCCAUGUUCCUUUGGUUUAUUUAAUCGAAGAACAGUAAAAACUGUAUGUGACAAAUGGGGGACGUACCAUCUGCGCAUGUUUUCUUGUGCUCCAGAAUUUCUUCCCAAAUUUAACUACAAAAAGUUGAAUGAUGAAUAAAAGCGAAUUUAGCUACUUCUGAAAACUAGAUAUUUCGCUGAUUGUGCACACAACCCAAGCUACAAUGCAAGUGAAGAUAACGCGCGACGCCCGCUAGGCGACGCACGUCUCCAAGAGCGCUCAUGUGCCGAAUCGCAGAAACGCGGCUCCACACAUGGGUACUCGGCUAAUCCCGAGCAACGGCUCGCAGAAUUCCAAGUACUGUGGCCGGGUUGCUGGCUUUUCGCCGAACAUUCGGUAUUCGCCCUAGCUACCGCGUCUCGGCCUUUAGGACACAUCAUCGCGAGCGUACAUUUGUCGAACACAGCUGUUCGGAAUUGGGCGAGCCGCCUUCAGAUACAGCUAAUCUACAACGCGCGUCAGCGUAACGCCUUUCACAAAGGCCUAAACCUAAAUGUCAUUAUAAAUCUUUGAUACUCUGAAGUUUCAAUAUUUCCUUGAAAUGCGCCGAAUUUUUAUCAUACAGUGUGGGUGUACAUUUUGCAGAGCCGCACCGGACGACUAUUUUUUGAUCAUUUAGUUUUGUCCAAAAUUCCAUAAUCGAGGUUUGAAACCAGUUAAACGCCCUGCGUAGCGACGAAAUGAAACAACAUGAAUACUGAAUUCAAUACAAAUAUUCCGUGGACUCUACGAUAUCGAAAACGUUCUCACUUACUGGUCUCUUAACCCACGUCGUUAUCAUUUGGAUGUUAUACGGUUUUAAGGGACUUUUAUGAUUAACGUAUUAUAAGCGCCAAAAACGUAAAACGCAUAACUUAAUUUAGCAUGGGAACUGUAGGAAUUUAUCCAUGACUUACAAAAAUAUCGUAUGCACGUUAAAAAUUGUAAGUCCAAAACGUAAAAACGUAGUUUCACUGUACUUCUUACCUAUUCAUGUUUCAAUAUCGCAUUUUUUAAUUACAUAAUUUCUAAUCAAAUAUGUGCCCGCAAAAAACAAACUAAAUUAAAAUAACUUUCUUUUAUCUUGAUU